AUGAAUUUGUCAUGUUUGGAAAAGGUCCCCCCACGGAACAAGGGGCACCGUGACCUGCUGGAGGCGGCGGCGUUUCUCCUCUUGAAACAGCCCGUGUCGCAACGCGGAUCAAAGCCCCUUCCUCGCUACGGAUAUAAACCUUCACCACCAAAUGGUUGUGGAUCCCCUUUAUUUGGAGUUCAGUUUGACAUCGGUAUCCCCUUGAUGACAAAGUGCUGCAAUCACCACGACAGAUGCUACGAUACUUGUGGCAAUAAAAAAAAUGAUUGUGAUGAGCAGUUUCAGUCCUGCCUCUCCAAAAUUUGCAGAGAUGUGCAGAAAACACUUGGAAUCUCAGAGAGUGUCCAGGCUUGUGAAUCAACUGUUCAGCUGUUGUUUGAUGCAGUUAUACAUUUAGGAUGUAAACCAUACCUGGAUAGCCAGAGAGCUGCAUGUAUGUGUCGUUAUGAGGAUAAGACAGAUCUCUGAAAGAAGAUACUGAGAUCUCAUGGUGUAGAAUAAAGUCAAAGACUCAGCUGGAAUGAAGCAAGUGUUUGGUUACAAAGCUUUAUGCUUUUCAGACAGUAAUAUAUUAAACACUGACAUGAAUAUACUGGUUUGAAAGUCACUAUGAUACUCUUCCUAAUGUAAAAAAGAAACACGUCUUCCUUCUCUUCGCCUUUAUGCCAGAAGCUUGGAAACUGAAAUUAGUUUCCUUUGGUGUAUGUCCGCUCAGGGUAUGUUAUCGUAAAACACUAGUGCCAUUUUAAAGAUUUUAAGAAAACUCCAUAAUGGGGAAAUCAGAGGCGCAGAAGAGUUGUGUUGAAUUCUCAGAUGAUUUUUAAUAUAGGUCAAAUUUUAGGUUUACUAGCAGUCGAUGCAUCUGAUAGAUCCAACAGGAAAAAGCAUUUCAUGUGCGUUAAUAUGGCAUCUUAAAUAGCCUGUACUUCCAUGCUUUUGGUACAAUUGCCCUCAGUUCUCUCUGAUGUAUGCUGUCCUGUGGGUUUGUUUUUUAAAAAAAAAAAAAAAAACAAACAAAAACCCCCAAGCCCUUAGCAAGGGUAUACAUCUGUGCUACAUAUUUCUACUUGAUUCUAGAUCAACCUUACUUCUGCAGCACUUUUCAGAUCAAGUAUGUUGAUCCUUUUAAAGCUUGACCACUCAAAUGAACAGUUUGCAACCUAAGGAUAUAAUUUUGAUUUGACAAAAUGGUGGAAUGUAGUUGCUAUGUUACUUUAAAAAUGAAUCAAAUGUUUGUUUUUCAAAUAAAACAUUUUGUGUUGUGUAUUAUAUGCAUAGAAAGGAUAUAUUGUUCGAAGUUGUUGAUUUAUACUUGUCUUGUGGCACAACUUAGUUACCGUAUUCACCUUUGCUUUCAUUUAGUCCAUUCUGAUGAAAAGUAAAAGAAAGUUCCACAGAUAGGGUCAGUAUGCCCAACAAACCUUUUUAUUUAAAAUGCCCUCUGUGAGGCUGACAGAUAUUUGAGCCUGUAUUUCUGUCAUCUGUUCCCAUGACCUCUGUGAGGCUGAGAAACAUCUGAGCCUGUACUUCUGUCAUCUGUUCCCUUUCUGACUUCUCUAGCUGUGUCCUGGUUUCAGCUGGGAUAGAGUUAAUUUUCUACCUAGCACUGGUACAGUGCUGUGUUUUGGA